CGCCUCCUCACAAGAAGGCAGCGACUGGAGCUUGCAAUCCAUCCAACGACUUCAAUUGCACUCUACCAGAUCCGUCGACCAUGUCAGCCAACAUUACAGACCUCACGAUCAUGCGGAUGAACACGGGGCAGUUCGACGGAGAGAAGGAGAUGAACGGCAAUGUAUUCAAGGCGUUGAUGAGCAUGGAGGGCUCGGGGAGCCCAGCGUACAACGGGAGACAAGAAGAAGACCCGCAGGUCGUGUACACCUUCGCCAACUGGACCUCCAUCGAUGCGCAUCUCACCGGCUUCCACAAUCCCGCUGUGCUCAAAGAGGUCGGCCCUCUGGUGCCGUACUACGACCGCGAAACGUUCAUGCCGAUGACGUACCACGUUGACUUCACACUUCGUCAGGCUUCGACCGGGGCAGGGGGCAAGGCCGCAUCUCUCGGCGAUGUGCUGAGCAGACCCGUCGCACGCGUGCGGAUCGCGAAGGUGGACAAGGAGCGGAAGGAAGCGUUCGAGAAGGUGCUGGUUGACGCUGCCGCGGAUGGGAAGCUGAUCGCGUGGGGAGACGCGAUUGCGCACGAGAAGUACAGGACGCCGGCGGAGGAUGUGGUCAUACUGCUCGAGGGUGGAGAGUCCUCUGAGGCCCUGAGAGGUUCUGGCGUAGAUCUGAGCGAAUACUCUAAGAGCUUACACGAUGCGCAUCUUCCUAAGCCGGAGCAGUACCAUCGGAUUAAUGGGACAAGCGCAAGUUUGUAGAGUGAGUGAUCACCAAGGGAAGUGUGAUAGCGUGUAUGUUGUAUCGAUGCAAGCAAACGACUUUUGCUCAUAAAUGACACACGG